AUCGCCGCGCGCUGCUGUGGUAGAAUGUUGAUUGAGACACUUCUUUGGCCGAACCGUUGAUUUCACGACAGUCAGCAGCACCACAAAAUCACUAAACAUGUCGGACAAAGAGUUCGCUGGCAGUGACGAGCUCACUCUGCCCAGAGCAACCGUUCAAAAGAUCAUCACCGAAGUACUGGCCAACGACCAGGGAAUGUCCUUCGCCAAGGAGACGCGAGACCUGCUCAUAGAAUGCUGCGUCGAGUUCAUCACCAUGAUAUCCUCCGAAGCCAACGAGAUUGCCGAAAAGGACGCGAAAAAGACGAUUGCAUGCGAACACAUUGUCAAGGCAUUGGAAGAGCUUGGGUUCAACGAAUACGUACCGGACUUGCUCGAGGUCGCACAGCAGUUCAAGUCACAACAGGCAAGCCGCGAAAAGAAGCAAAGCAAGAUUGAGCAGUCAGGAAUGAGCGAGGAGGAAUUGCUCAGACAGCAAGAAGAGUUGUUCAGAUCAGCGAACGAGAAGUUCAACGCUGGACCUGCAGAGCCAGCUGCCGAGCCUGCAGCGUGAAGAGAAGUGGAAUGAGAGAGACACAGCAAUGGGACCAGGCGUCCAGGGCAUUAGGGCGAUACGAUUCUUCUUUUGAUACCCCAUCUCUACUGGUUAUGUUAGAUUAUAU